AUGCCAGGAAAUAUAGAUUCAAAUAAAUUAUUAUAUGGCCAUAUAAUAGUUUUAUAACUAACAGAUCAAAAGUAAUACAGUUUUCAUAUAGAAGGAUUUUUCAGACCCUAAGCAUCAUUAUAAAAGGCUUAGUUUUAAAACCAAGAAAAUUUUCUUUUUAAAAUAAUGCCAUCAUUUUAAACAAGUUAUAUAGAUUAAUUAAAUAAACUAAAUCUAACAGCAUAAAGUAAUGUAAUUUUACAAAAGAAAGUAUUGGAUGAAUAUAAAUAAAAUAUUGAUAUUUAUAAUAAAUUAAAAGGUUAACCAAUAUUAUUUUAUACUCCUAUUUAAUUAUUGCAUGUUUCUACAAAUAAAUAUCUUUAAUGCAAUUAUUCAUAAGCAGAUUAUUCAAAGGAUAGUUUUAAAUUAGAUUUAUCUAUAUUUUCUUCUAAAUAUACAAUUUUUUAGAUGCUGCCAGUAUAUAAUCAUUAAAAAAAUAUGAAUAGGUUUUUUUUAAAAAAAAAAUAAUAAAAAAAAAAUAUAUAUAUGAAUUUUUUAUAAUAAAAAAGUAAUAUAUACAUAAAUGAUUCUAAGAGAAACUAAUUUUAAAUUCUAAUAAUAUGUAUAUAUUUUAUUUUGUUUAGUAUAGAAAAUAAUAUUAAAUAAAAGUUAGGUUAAUAAAUUUCAAAAUCUAACUAAUCCCAAAUAAACACAAAAGAAUUACAGAAAUAUAUUCCAAAUCCACUUCCUGGCAUAUAUUAAAAUUUUCAAAAUAUGGAUUAAUUAUAAACUAUAUCUUAAAUUUAAUAAAAAAAAAAAAUGAAAACUGAUGUGACAUUAUUUUUUAAUUAAAAAAGUAUGUGGACAAUAAAAUAUUAUUCAUAUAAAACUGAUAAUAAUAUAACUUAAUAAUAUGGAGAUAAAGUAUGGAUUCAUCAUGUAGAAAAUAAGAAUAAUUUAAUAAUAUAAUAUAAUGGAGAAUAGUCUUCAAUUUUAUUUGAAUAUAAUAAUAAUUAAAAUAUUUUAAAAUAUAAUAGAAAUACAAACGGAAUAUGGGUAAUAGAAAAUACAAUCUUAUUUGAAGGAGGAACUUUAGAUUAUAAUUAAUGUGUUUAUUUUAAGCAUUUUGCAUUAAAAAAAUAUUUAUAACUAUAAUACAAUAAUUAUUAGUAUUAUUUAGAUUUAUUAAAUGAACCAAAUGAAAAUUGUUUAUUUUAAUUAAUAAAAUUACCCUCUUUAUAAUAAAAUAACUAAAAUUAAUUGGAGAAAGAUAGCCUUUUUUAUAUAAAAUCUUUUAAACAUAAAGUAUAUAUAAAUAAUUCUUUUAAAAAUAACUAAAACCUUAACUAAAACUAAGGUAUAUAAAUAUCUUUUUUUUAAAGUGAUGAUUCUGCUUUUUAAUUUUUGAAAGCUACUCAUUCAGAAAUACUUGGAACAAAUUUUAUAGUAUAAAAUAUACCAAUAAUAUAGAAAUGCAUAUAUUAUAUGAAAAAAAAUAACACUGAAAAAUAAAUAAUUAAAGAUUCAAUAAUUCUUAACGGUUUAUUAUCAUUGAAUUAAAGUUUAAUUAGCGUAAAUGAAUUUUGUAUAAAUAAAAUUAUUCUUACAAAUAAUGAUGAUUCUAGAAAUUUUAAUAAACCAAAUAAAAACAGAUAAAUAAUAAUUUAAGAAUAAAAUUAUUUAUAUUACUUAUUAGAAAUGAUUUAACUUAUUGUAAAUGUAGAUGAAUUAAAAGAACUUUAAUUUGAUUUUUAUAAAGAACUAUAUUAAAAUUAAUAACGAUAAUUCUCUGAUAAAGUUAUGCUUACUAUUAAUAAAAUACUUCAUGUUUUAAAAACAAAAAAAGGAAUCGAUAUACAGAAAAAAUAAGAACAACCGUAAGACAUCUUUACAGAAAUUUAUAAUUAAUAAAACUUUCUUAAAAUUUAAUAAAACACAUUAUAUCUUUAACAUAGAAUUUAAAUUUUAUAAAAUAUUUAUUAAUUACUAAUUUCUUUAUGUAAAGAUAAUUAAGUUAAUUAAAACAUAGUCUAUUAAAAAUUAAAAUUUGUGCACUAUCAUGCUAUUUAUUUAAAAGACGCAUCUGAUUGUUUAAUUUAAAUUUUAACCUAAAAUGAAUCACUUUUAAAUAAUCUUUCUGAUAAUAUAAAAUUAUAAGUAUAAAGACAAUCUUAAUCUGUUUCUUAUAGUGAAAAUACUGUUGAAAUAUAAAGUUUGAAUUUAAUUAACAAUAGCAUUAUUUAAAGUAAUCUACUUUUGUUUUUUAAAAGAUAAACAGAAGAAAUGCAUAAUUAUAGAAAACAAAUUAAAUUAAAUAUUGUUAAAGAUAUUUGUAAAUUUAAUGAUAAAGGUGUUUCUGUAAAUCAAGAAUAAAUAUAUAAAUUUUGUUUUGAAAAUGGAGAAAAAACUAAAUUUCAUAAAGCAAUAUUUUACAAGUUCUAAAUAGUAAAUAAUAAUUUGAAAAUUAUUUUAAACAAAGAUAAUGUCCUUUAUAUAGAAAACAUGAAUUCUCACAAAUUAUAAAAAGAAAAAUAUAAUUAUUUUUUGCAAUAAAUAAAUUUUUAUUCAGAUCUUGCUUAAAAUAGAAAUUUUUUAUGGAAAAACUAUCUUGAAAAACUUUUUCCUAUAUAAUUUUUAUUUGAUAAAAUAUUUGAUUCUAGCCUUUAAAGAGAAUUAAGAAGUUCUUUUUGUAAUUUAGCUCUUAGUGUAUAUAUAGAUUAAGAACCUUUAGAUUAUGUUUUAGUUCCUUAAAUGUGCAAAAUAUAAUAUUUUAUAUAAAAAGCAUUAAUAUAUAUAUAAAAAGAGAUAAAUAGUUUUGAAUAAAGUUUUUAAUUAAAUUAAAAUGUUUUAUAAUCAAGAAAUUAAAAAUGUAAAGUAUUUUAUUUUAACAAAAAAAUAUAUUUCUAUUUUAUAUAUAUAUAUAUAGCAAAUUAAUCAAUCAAUAAAUUAGUUUCUUUGGAAAAUGUUUUAUUGUUAAAUAUAAGUAAAAUUUUAAUAAUUUUAAUUUAGUUUAAUAUUUUGGAAAUUAUUAACAAAAAAUAACUUUAUUCUUCUAUAUUUACAAAAUAUAUGAAAAUUCUUAAUUAUGAUUCUGCAUUUCCUUAAUAUUCAUAUUUCCUUAAUAAAUAAAAUUGCUAAAAAUACUUAGAUAUUAUUCUCAAUAAAAAUAAUAAAAAAUAUAAAAUUGCUUAGGCUUUUUCUUAAUUAUAUAAUAAAGUUUCCAAAUAAAUAUUAAUGGCAAGUUAGGCUUUGGGAAUUCAAAAUAAUAGUAGGAGUUCUUAAAAUGAAUUAGAAGACGAAACAUAAGAUAUAGACACAAAAAAUAUGGAUUAUGAUGAAAAUAUUCUUUUGGAUGGAUUUGUUACAUUAUAGUGUGUUUUCAAAAAAGAAAAAGAAGAAAACAAUUAAAUUCAAAUUCAAAUAAAAAAAAAAUAUGUGAUUUAUUUGUUUUUAUUUAAAAUUUAAGAAUGGAUUAUUUAAUUAAUAAUUUCUUAGAAUGGUAUAAUCUAAAAAGUAAUAUUUUUUUUACUUCUAAAAAAAAAAAUAAGAAAACAAUUAUUAAAUUUAUUUUAUUUUUAAAAAUAAAAGGUUAAAAAUUAUUAAAUGAAUAGUAAUAAAAUUACAUUUAAAAUUUAGAAAAAUCAAUUAUAAAAGUUUUACCUUAACUUUAUAGAGUAAAAAAAAAAUAUAUAUUAAUCAAAAUAUAUUACAAAAGACAGGAAUAGAAGAAAUAGAUGA